AUGUAUGCAGCUCAGUUCGCAAGCCAUACUCCCUCCACGGGGAGUAUUAGCAUCCACGGUGCCCCGGUCUACGUCGACGCCGAUGACUUCGAAGGAAUACACAUCGCAGUCCACAGUCUUGCCGAGGAUAUCGCCCGUGUGACAGGGGUAAUACCCAAAGUCCAGGCCAUUUCGCGACAUACAAAAGAGACUACCACAGAAACCGCCACCGCUGUUAUCAUCGGGAGUCUGACUCGGUCCGCGGUGGUGCGCACGCUCGUCCAGGAGGGGAAGCUUGAUGUUUCUGCUAUAGAUGGCCAAUGGGAGUGCUAUACUACCAAGGUUGUCACCGAUCCAGUCCCCGGUGUGGAGAAAGCACUGGUGAUUGCUGGUAGUGAUAAGAGAGGGACGAUUUAUGGCGUGUAUACCCUCUCUGAGCAAAUUGGGGUUUCCCCAUGGUACUGGUGGGCGGAUGCACCAGUGAAAAAGUCAAGCAGUAUCUAUGCACACGAGGUUAUAACGAGAGACGGCCCUCCCAGCGUCAAGUACAGAGGCAUCUUCAUCAACGACGAAGCCCCAGCCUUGUCGGAAUGGGUACAUGAGAAGAUCGGGCCUCAUUAUAACGUCAAGUUCUACAAGAAAGUCUUUGAGCUUCUUCUGCGACUGAAGGCAAACUUCCUCUGGCCAGCGAUGUGGUUCGGAUAUCCACACCCUGGAAACAGCUUUUUCAUGGAUGACCCCUUGAAUCAAGAGACUGCAGACAAGUACGGGAUUGUGAUGUCCACUUCGCACCAUGAGCCCAUGCAGCGAGCCAUGAAUGAGUGGUUUGACAAGCCAUACUAUGAGCCCGAAGGAACCUGGUCGUGGCUGAAGAACAAGGACAAAAUCAGUCAAUACUUCCAAGAAGGGGCAGCACGGUCUAAAGGGUAUGAGAGUUACAUUACAAUGGGUAUGCGCGGUGAGGGAGACAUUCCGAUGGAUGCUGAAGACCCGGCUGCGGUGGUGAGGGAGGUUCUUUCGACUCAGCGUGCCGCCAUAAAUGACGCUUAUGGGAAGGAGGAUGGAGUACCCCAAUUGAUGGCUCUAUACAAGGAGGUCCAGGAGUACUAUGCGAACGGCCUCGAGAUCCCGGACGACAUCACCCUCCUCUUCGCCGAUGAUAAUUUUGGCACUGUGCGCAGACUUCCCAGCGGUGAUGAGCCCAAGAGAAAGGGAAGAGCCGGAAUUUACUACCACCUCGAGUAUGUCGGUGCUCCCAGGAGCUACAAGUGGAUGAACAGCAACUCCUGCGCAAAGGUAUGGCAGCAGCUCGAGCAUGCGUACAACCAAGGAGCAGACCAGAUCUGGGUCUUUAAUGUUGGUGAUAUCAAGGCAGUGGAGCUUCCCCUGACGUUUGUCAUGACGCUGGCGUGGAAUAUCAACACACUAGAGAUGCACGAGCUGCAGUCCUUUUUCCACACCUUCUUUGAGCGGAAUCUGCGCCUAGAACAGACUGAAGCAAGGAGAUGCUCUGAGCUGCUACUGAAGUACGACCGCGUGGUUGCGUUGAGGAAACAUGAGCACAUCGAGGCAGAUACAUUCUCACUGAUCAACUAUGGCGAGGCAGACAAUAUCCUUCACCAGUGGAAGGAAUUAUGGGAACAAGCAGAGGAAGUACAGAAAUGGAUCCCAGAAACCACGGCUCCAUCCUACUUCCAGCUCGUCCUCCAUCCCAUCAAAGCCAGUUACAUCUACGUCGCCCUUCGGGUAACCCAAGCAAAGAACCAGCUAUACGGAGUGCAGCGGCGAAACACUGCAAACGCCUUACUACAUGAAGUCCUGCGCCUAUUCGACCAAGACUUCAGCCUGAGCGAGGAAUACCACAGCCUCCUUGACGGUAAAUGGAACCACAUCAUGCGCCAGCCGCACUACGGGUAUACGGAGACCUGGCACGCCCCGUCUCGAGAUCUCAUAACCGGCCUGUCCUUCGUGCAGGCGCGUCAAGACUCGAACCCUAUUCUCGGAUGGAUCGGUAUUGCAGUUGAAGGACACCCGGGCGUUCGGCCAGGCCUUACAAAUGAAGAGUCUGACCGCACUCAUCCAAGUCGGCGAGACUUUGUGCCUGGCGUAACUCUGCCACCAUUGGAGCCGUAUGGGCCAAAGACGCGAUCUUUCGAGAUAUACUGCCGUGGAAGCAAAGCGGUUGCUUGGACGAUUACCUCCCCGCAGACAUGGCUUUCCGUUAGUCCAGCUACUGGGACGAUUGAGCCAAAAGGCAACGACAAGCUCGUCAAAGUAUCUGUCGAUUGGACGAACGUACCAGAUGGCUUCGACGACGAAGUACUCCUAGAUCUACGCUCUUCGCUAGGCGACUACGAACUCAUCCACGUCCCCGUGAAGAACAGGAUACCGAGCACACACUCCAAGGGCUUUGUAGAAGCAGACGCCCAUGUCUCUAUCAAUGCGACAUCGUUCCAAAAUCAGUCGCUCUCCAGCUAUCGGGUUUUACCAUUCAUCGGGCGUAUACCAACUGGCGCUAUUGCCCUGACUGCAUCUGCAUCUCCAUCGCAUUCGGAAUACUUGGAAUACCCAUUCAUCACCUUCACGUCAAAUGCAGCGGCCAUCGCUCGUCUGGACUUUACCUUUACGCUCGACACUAACGCGGACAGCCCUGUUACGUAUGAUAUCCGACUCGAUGAUGGGUCCCCAACUACAUAUCGUCUGGUCUCACCACCUUCGACGCCCGGAGGGUUGCCGGAGGGAUGGCACGAGUCUGUUAUGGAUAACGUCUGGAAGCGUGAGCAUCUGCUUGACCUUGGAACAACGGGGGCGCAUACGCUGAGGAUCAGACUUGGGGCGCAGAAUUGCGUUCUGGAGAAGAUUGUGAUUGAUCUUGGAGGGCUGCGUGAGAGUUAUCUAGGGCCGCCUGAGAGUGUUUAUUGGAGUAGUUAG